AUUAUGAUUUAUGAGGAUUAUUCAUAUGCGUACAAAAAAUCUCUCAGUUUUGCCCAUUAAAAAUUACUGAUCCAGGGAAAAAAUCCAUCUCUGGUUGCACUCCCCAGUUCCCUCUAUUCUCUCUCCAUCCCUCCCUCCUCUCCUGAGUUGCAGUAUCUGCUGAACUCCAAAUAUAUCCGAAUAACUGACACUUCUAUAUUUAGGGAUAGGGAUAGUUCAUUUGGGAAAAGAAAGGGGGAGGGGAGGGGAAGAGUUUGGCGAAAGAGAGAUCAGCCCUCUUUUGGGGACAGGGAAUGGCUUUAAUUCGCCUUAUCAGUCGGGUUCAACGACAGCAGUCGCAGUUGAGGCAACUGAGCAAUGUAUUAGUUAGAGCUUAUCGCACUUCACCUAAUGCCCAGAAAGAGUUAGGAUAUGCAUUUGGGAACACCAAAAGAUUUCGAUCAAGUUAUGCUGCUAGCCUAGCUCGGAGAAGUGAUGAAUUAAGCGAUGCUGCAUACCUCAAAGAGCUAUAUCAUCGAAACGAGCCUGAGGCAGUCAUUAGGGUGUUCGAAAGCCAACCCUCACUGCACUCUAACCCAGCAGCGCUUGCAGAGUAUGUCAAGGCACUGGUUAAGGUUGAUAGGCUGGACGAAAGUGAGCUGCUCAAGACAUUGCAGAGAGGAAUUACAGGUGCUCCUAGCUCCCAGGUGGAAGAAGAAAUGGUUGGAGGUCUUUCAGCUUUUAGGAAUGUGGGGAAAUCUACAAAGGAAGGUGUUCUUGGUACUGCUAGUGCACCUAUACAUAUGGUGGCUGCUGAAGGGGGCCAUUUUAAGGAGCAGUUAUGGCGGACAGUCCGUGCUCUUGGUAUGGCCUUCCUUCUAAUCUCAGGCAUUGGUGCACUCAUCGAAGAUAGAGGAAUUAGUAAAGGACUGGGUCUGAAUGAAGAGGUGCACCCUAGUAUGGAAUCUAAUACGAAAUUUAGUGAUGUAAAGGGGGUUGAUGAAGCCAAAUCUGAGCUUGAAGAAAUUGUUCACUAUCUUCGAGACCCUAAGCGGUUCACUCGACUUGGCGGUAAGCUCCCAAAAGGUGUUCUACUUGUUGGUCCCCCAGGUACCGGCAAGACUAUGCUGGCAAGGGCUAUAGCUGGAGAAGCUGGGGUGCCCUUUUUCUCUUGCAGCGGCAGUGAGUUUGAAGAAAUGUUUGUUGGUGUUGGUGCCCGCAGGGUUAGAGAUCUCUUUGCUGCUGCAAAGAAACGGUCUCCAUGUAUAAUAUUUAUUGACGAGAUUGAUGCCAUAGGUGGGAGCCGCAACCCAAAGGACCAGCAAUACAUGAAAAUGACUCUGAAUCAGUUACUUGUUGAACUGGAUGGCUUCAAGCAGAAUGAGGGAAUUAUUGUGAUUGCUGCAACCAAUUUCCCGGAGUCAUUGGAUAAGGCUCUGGUUAGGCCUGGACGAUUUGAUCGUCAUAUUGUUGUUCCAAAUCCUGAUGUUGAAGGACGGAGACAGAUCUUGGAAUCACAUAUGUCAAAGGUUCUUAAAGCGGAAGACGUAGAUCUGACUAUCAUUGCCCGAGGAACACCCGGAUUCUCUGGUGCUGAUCUUGCAAACUUGGUUAAUAUUGCUGCCCUUAAGGCUGCGAUGGAUGGUGCUCAAGCUGUGACACUGGCUGAUCUUGAGCAUGCAAAGGACAAAAUCAUGAUGGGAAGUGAGCGGAAAUCAGCUGUUAUAUCUGAUGAAUCACGAAGGCUGACUGCUUUUCAUGAGGGUGGCCACGCCCUCGUGGCUAUCCAUACUGAAGGGGCCCUUCCAGUUCACAAAGCAACCAUUGUUCCUCGUGGAAUGUCUCUUGGUAUGGUUGCUCAAUUACCUGACAAGGAUGAGACAAGUAUAUCUCGUAAGCAGAUGCUUGCUCGUUUGGAUGUUUGCAUGGGUGGACGAGUAGCAGAAGAGCUCAUCUUUGGAGAAAAUGAAGUGACUUCAGGUGCAUCUUCCGAUCUGCAGCAAGCAACCAAUCUUGCAAGAGCAAUGGUUACAAAGUAUGGUAUGAGCAGAAACGUGGGACUUGUUACUCACAACUAUGAUGAUAACGGCAAGAGCAUGAGCACUGAGACUAGGCUCCUUAUUGAGGAAGAAGUAAAACAUUUUUUGGAGAGGGCUUACAACAAUGCGAAAACCAUUCUCACCAUGAACAGCAAGGAGCUCCAUGCACUUGCUAAUGCUCUACUUGAGCAUGAGACACUCUCUGGAAGUCAGAUCAAGGCCCUGCUUGCUCAGGUUAACUCUCAGCAGAAGCAACAACAACAACAACAACAACAAAUGGUUACCACGCAAAGCACAUCGCAAUCCGUUGCUGUUCCUCCAUCAACACCCAAUGCAGCAGCAUCUGCGGCUGCUGCUGCCGCUGCAGCAGCUGCAGCAGCAACUGCUGCAGCCAAGGCAAAGGGAAUUGCACCUGUUGGAUCGUAGCAUGGAGGAGAUGCACAGGUCAAUCCUGUCCCUUAUUCAUAACUAUCAGGUUUAAUGUGCAUAUAGUGUUUUACAUGGAAACCUUUUAACCUGUGAGAAACAAUGUAGCUAAUUGCGGACUCCAAGUUCAUGUUUAUGUAUGCUUUUGAAUGGAAUGUGUAGAAGAUGAAUGGCAGGGAGUGCUAUUUUCGGUGUACCACUUACAUUGAGUUCUAUUCAAUGACUUUUUAUCGUCCGUUCUCCCUACUUGACCACAUAGCUAACAGUGGGUUCAGAUCUGCCAGUUCAGUGUAGCAUUAUGUUUUUCUGUUA